CGUGUAAUCAAGAAGGAAGUUGUUACCGUAACCUUGAGAUACACUUUCAGCGUUCUUCGACUCUUCUUUGUCGUCUUUCCCGACUGGUUCACCUUUCCAGGGUACUCAGGCGACUUUUGAUUGCAAAAUGUUUUCGCACACGUCGAAGAAACGAAUUUAAGCCCACUCCAUAAACGAAGAAGUUGAUCUAAAUGUAACAGUAAGCGGAGCUCGAGUAUGACGGGAACACGAACAGAAAUCUACUUCGCUAUAUCGUUUGCGUUUGUCGCCACGUUUAACGCCAGUCAAGGUAAUUUAGAGGGACAUCUUGAGCCAUUAUUCUCAUACGGCAAGAGGCUCGAGGUAGAAGUUUACGAUGGGUUUCCAACAGCGGAAGAAUUCUUUAGAAGAUUUGUCGAUGUUGAAAAACCUGUUCUUCUCCGCGGCGCAGCGCGACUAUUUCCAGCCUUUUCUUUAUGGAAUGACGAGUAUUUUCUUUCCUAUACCGAGAGUGAGGAACUUUUAGUUACAGUGGAAGUUGACAAAAAAGAGAAUCGUUCAGCUCCAGGGGAAGAUUUACCAUUUGCAGACUUUGUACGCGAUAUGCACUCUUCAGGGAAAUAUAUGAUAAGUUCAGUCCCUGAAUUUUUGAGGUAAGUUCAAGGGCGGAAUUCUUAUCCUCCAAGGGGUCUUAUAAUGCACAAGGAGUCCUUACCUCAGAUCUUACAUUCAAUUUUCAAUCGAGUUUUGUAGUUAACCUUAUAAAACUCCAAGAAGGGAUUGACAUGUAACGUCUCCCUAGCAAAAAUGUCCAUCAUUAUCCAGCAAACAGGUACUAAGAAUACUCCAACCCGUCAGGUGGAUGUUGUUAUCUUGAUCUAACGCUAAAUUCUCGUCACUUAUUUACAAAGAAAUAUUUAGCAGCUGAAGGGGAGAAUUGACAAUCAGAUCUAGGGAGUUAAAGGGCUGAUAUGAAUUGAAAUUCUUGUUUGAAGGGAAGAUUUAUCCCGAAUUAGCAACCGUUAAAUAAUUGCAUCAGGUCCGGGAAUAAGUACUCCCCCUGCCGCCCCUCCCCCCCAUGGAAAAACCUACCUCCUUCCCUUCCCCUGUUUUUAUGGAUGGAUGAUUCCAUUGCCAAAGUAGUAAAGGGUGUAAUUGCUGUUUGCAAUAUGUACAUUUCCAGUUUAAUUUGUAAUCUUUCUGUUUGUUAACUCACACAUUGAGUUUGAAGAGGUUGCUACAUGCACCAACUGUACUGACAUCAAAACUAAGGAUUAGCAGUGUUUUUUUUUAUUAAUCAAUGCACGAUUUAUGUUGUUGUUGGCUUGUUCUUAAUCUAAUAAAAUGAUAUUUGAAUGCAGUUUGGGAAUAAUGAAAAACCACUCUCCCCCCGUAAGAGCCCCGCCCUUAGACAUGUCCCCUUGACUUGACCUUGAUCUGAAAUAACUGUGUCAAGUACCAAUGCCAUGAAUUACCAUAUCACAAACCUUGCUUCAAAGGGAAGAUUUUGCUUUUUCUCAGAGCAGUUUUUGUAACUGUAGAGAAUCCCAAACAGGUACCUUUUUUUUUCUCUACUGAUUGCUUGCUCAUUAAUUUGUAUUUUAUGUUAGGAAGGAUAUACUUUUGCCAUUUCCAAUAGCUUGUCAUGAUAUUACACAAGGAAACCUUGUUCAAGAAGUAAGUUUAUGCUCUUGAACACUGAGCUCUUGUUGUCAUAUUUAUAAGGGUAUAGUUAUAUUCCAUGAACAGCCUUACAUGUUGGCUGUGUUAUUAUAAUAAUUUUAGGUUGUCUUAAUUUUAAUUUAUAAUAGUUUUACUUUAUACAAAAGAUAAUACCACUAGUUAUUGAAAGGACAUCAUUCCAGUAAUCAUGCUUAAUCCCUUUCUUGAUUUUUUAUGUGGUUGUGACAUGUAAUUUAGUAAUUUCCCAGUAAGUUAUUGUGGUUGCGUAGCUAUGUUGUUGUUUGAAGUGAAUUUCAAUUCAGUCAUGUAAACCCUUAACACCAUAGCAUCAGCAUGUGUAUUCUCCAUACUGUUCUCUAUACUUCCCUAGGACUCUGACUAGGAGAAUUUGUAUAACAGUCAAGAACUUCUUUAGUUGGUGAUCAUUUCCUUUAUUAGUGUAAUCUUAAUGUGUGAUUCAGUGGUGUAAAAAUAAGAUGCCAGUCACUCUUAGGGCCAAAUGGAUAAACUAUAGCUAGUUUUAGUUGUUUUUUCCUUUGUUCAACAACAAUACCAUAGUUCUUUUCCAAGGAAAAUAAAAACUAAAUUAUUUUGAAAUAAUUUGAAACUAAAAUCAUUUUAAGCAUGAAGAUAUAAACUCCUCUCUGAUGGUGACAAUUACUCUUUCUGCAGAUUUUGUGGUUCAGUAGUGGAGGAACCAAGUCUGUCCUUCACAAUGAUCAUGCAGAAAAUAUCAUGUGUGUGUUUAAGGGAACCAAAGAAUUCUUCUUGAUAGAUAGGGAAUAUCAGGAGCAGGUAAAAUUGUUUUAUGUUAAGUUCGCUUCAGGCCUUUCUCUCAUCUUUUGGUGUGUGUUGCUGCAAUACCCCACGAUCUAGGUGAAAUUUUAUUACAAAAUACGUUUGGGAGACAGGGUGGCAUAUUGCAUGUACAUGGUCAGUUUGCUGAACUUCAAGGUCACAGAGAAGUUGGGGUUCAAGACGUGGCUAGAUCAAUAUUUGCUGUGUUUUUUGGCAAAAUGCUUUACUCUCAAAGGGCCUUUCCCCACCCAGAAGUAAAAAUGGGCACCUGCAAAUUGUCCGGGAAGCCAGAUUGAAUGCUCCCUCCAGGAGGGAGUAGUGAUACCCUCAAUCAAUUCAUGCUAAGGAAUUUUUACUUGAAUCAGCUCUGGCUGGAUGGGCCACUUGUUUCAAAUACAGACUCUACAUUUACAUUUUGUACCUUUACUUCUCAUUUUAAAAUCAUACAUAAUGCUUUUUUAACACUUUUUUGGUGUCUUAUAUAUAGGUAAAUGUGACAGAACGUGGAUAUUCUGAAGUAGAUGUGGACAGGUUUGUAUAAUGGCUAUUUGAUAAUUACUAGUCAGAAUAAAUGAAGAGAUUGUAAAUAUAAGUAUUUAAUAUGUAGUUAUCAAUAAUUAGAAAAGAAAUGCAAAACACAUGAACCUGUAUUAUGUUAUUGAUAUAGAUUUGAGUGCAAAAGAGAAAAGGGGGUUGGAAGAAUCAGUUGUAUUGAUUUCCUGUCUGUUUGCAGCUUUCAAGUUAUUCUUAGCUUUCGAUAGUCUUUCCUUACUUGAGGAACUAGGCCAAGAAUUAAGUGACCCUACAAACCUUUCAUUGUAGUUUUGAGACCAAAUUUUGUGUAGGUUUAGCAUCUUUGGAUUAAUGUAACCCUUUAACUCCCAGAUCAAAUUUGUUAUUCUCUUUACUGUAAACCAUACAAUUCUUAUAAUGUUAAUUCAGAGAAUUUAGUAUUGGAUCAACUAAUUGACCCCAAAUUGAUAUUUUUCUUUAUUCUCUUCACUUAUCUAGUUGAUAUUGUAUUGAUAUUGUAAGGAGAAAUUCUUUCUUGGUCAUUCCUAGAAGUUAAAGGGUUAAUGUACACAGCCAAGAGGCCUGGGAGCUGGCCCUCAUUACUAUCGCUUUGGCACAAGUGUUUCUUGGCUCCCAGCAAAGUAUGAGGUCUUGAGAAAUGCCUUCUGGUGAGAGGUCUGUGAAGGGUCUGGUACUGAUGAUUAUAGUGCCAGACCCUCAGCAAACCUCUUCCGACUCGUCUCAAAUCUUCCCACAGACAGAAAAACGUGUGUCCUGCAGUGCUAACACUGAGGACCCUGAUCAUAGGCUAAUAACCAAGCUUCUAAGUAGUGGCUUAAUAUAUCUUUAUCCCAAUUUGCUGCAUUCUUUUUUUAAGGGUGGACCUGUUCAAGUAUCCAGGACUUCACAAAAUAGAACAUCACUUUGCCUUCAUUGAGCCUGGUGAUUGCCUUUAUGUUCCGUUUCUUUGGUAGGUUCUGUGUUUUUGAAGGUUUACAAAUGAUUUUUUUGUUACCUGGGCUUAGAAGCUGAGCAUGAUUGCAUGUUCUGAUCGGCUACCACCACAGGUGGAUGGGGUUGAGCCUGCUCUGGUUGUCCACUUUGAUCCUUUAUACUCUAAAAAAGUGCCUAUAGUGGGUUUAGUAUCUCUGUCAUCCUGCGCUUGUUGGGCACGAGAGUCUCUUCGCUGAAGGAAAGAACGAGACAAAGAUUCGCGCCACGCGAGCCAUGUUGAGGUCUGCAAACGGUCUAGCACUGACGUUAAUAGUGACUCUUAGGUUGGCGGGCGUAGAACUCGUCUUGUAUGCCUGCUCAUAGGUUGGUGUGAACUCAGUAUCCUUAUGGCCCAGCUCGAAGGCGAACUUGGGAGGUUUGAGGUUUGAAAUCUAAGGGACCAUGAAUUUUUUCUUUGCCGCACGCUCAUUCCUUUGAAUAUUACUCUUGUGUGUAGGGUUCAUUAUGUGCGGUCUUAUGACCUCAACAUGGCUGUGAACAUUUGGUGGAGGCAUGGAGUAAAAGUGAACUUUAGAAACUGUGACACAGAACUGGGAACAACCAUCGAAGAUUUGACUUUUAUUGGAUUUGGAGCACUUCACGAUGCCCAGGAAAAGUUGAUCAGGUUAAAACUGAUUGUAUUACUUCGUUGUCUUUUUUUGCUUACCUCGAUGCAUGAUUCCGACAAAAAAAUAAACGCACUUUCACUGUAACAUGCUGAAGGUUACUUGCUUCAGGAAAAAUUUAGAGGUAAACUGUGGCGAUAACUUAUUUAAUUUUCUAACCCUUUAACCCCUUACGGUUAUGAAACCGAGCCUAAAAUGAAUGCUGCCACUGUUCAAGUACUCAUGGAGGGUAGGAAAAAAACUCUGGUGACGCCAGGGAAGGUCGCGACCUGUCUCAACAUCGAGAACAGUGUAGGAACGAUUUUGGUUGCUCUCGUCCGAUGUCAAACUUCAUUGUCCGUUUUCGGACACUUCGUCCUAUUUUGAACGUCUUAGUCUGAUUUCGAACCUCAACGUUCAUUACUAGACAUUUUGGUCGGAUUUCGUACAGUCCUGUCUGAUUUCCGACUCUUUGAUCCGAUUUCUGACGCUAUUUUCUGUUUUGGACACUUUUCUUCCAAUUUCAGACACUAUUGUCUGAUUUCGAACGAUUUCGUCCAUUUCUGUCUUCUGAUAUCGAAUGCUAUCGUCCAUUUGUGGACACUUUCAUCCGACUUCGGACAUUUUUUUCCGAUUUCGGCUAGCAUCACAUUUCGCUGAAGCGUAUUUUCGUUAAUGUAAAGAUCAAGAUGUCUCCUUAUUGAAAACUGAAGUUGCGUUGGUUUGAUGACAAAUGGUAGAAAGCUUUGAAAGUUUUUCCCUUUUUGACCAAAUAAUGAAACCAUCGUUUUUUUCCGCCAUAGAAACCGUUUAUUCGAGGCAGUUAAGUUACGUGGUAACAACAUUUCACUUAAAGGACUUCAAGGGUUCUUUACACAAGUAAGUGAUAACGACUAACCUAUUAAAGUUUACGAUGAAAAAAGUCGUUCUUCCUUAACAGACAUCGGUUUCACCGUUGUUAGAGAAGGCUAUUACUUCAUUACUGAGUGUUCGUUUUCUUUAUUUGUAUUUUUUUUUUUUACUUCAGCCAGAUGUUUUAGGCCAUGAUGUGCACUGGUCGGAAGAAAUGUAUAACGUCUUGCAGAAAGUGAGUGAUGAGACCCUUUAUUCUUCGUUUGAGCCUCUGAUUUUAUUGUUGUUCUCUCUGAGUUUUCUCCUCACCUAGCGCUGAUUGUGUUUCUUCGAGAUGGAGGGUUCAAGCGGUCCUCUGAAUUAGACACGUCUGCAAAGAAGUUUGUCCUCGUUGUACUUGCCUGUCUGUGAAAAUUCUCCCAUAUCAAGGCGAAGAUUCGUUACGAGAAGAACCCCUACUGAAAACUUUCUCUAUUAUUUUUGCGUAAGCUCUUCAGUGUCUUGGACCGGACACAAGAUGAUAAGAUAACGUCCGACGACCUGAGUCACUUGCAUCAAGAGGUUUGCUCUUUUUUUACGUAUAUGGCUUAUGAACGUUAAGCGAGGGGGGAAGAAGUUUUUUACAACAUGAAGAGAUAAUUUUCUUCUCGUCUUUGACUUAUACGUUUAUAGCUGGUUAUUGGAACUUACGAAAACAUUUGGGAUGUUCAAAUGAAUCAGACGUAAUCGUCUUGCACGUUAGCCAUUCGUCUCAGAUGACGAAGGCUCUCGGUUCCAAUGGUAUGAAGCGAUCAGGGCUUAUCACUGAUUUACCUGGAUAAGAUGCUGUUGAGUCACACACAGGUUACCCAACUUUAGAUUCAGUUGCCCCGCCAUAUUACCCGCGCUUAUUCAGUGUUAUUUCCGUCCUGCGGAAGGCGUUGUGAAAGCAAAUAGUUUUAGGGUAAUGACAUGAUUUUCAGGAAAACGAAGGCGGGGGGGAGGGGUCAGUCGCUGCUAACAGAGUGAUAACAGAGUUAAAGGGGGAGUAUAGAAAAUUGACGACCAAUGAUGUGGAAUCGUCAGAAUACUACAUGGCUUUCGGCGGAGAGAAUCAGUCGAGGGAAAUCAGCUGAGUUGUACUGUGACACAACCAGAAUCCUCCGAUCACCCCUUCCCUUCUGGCGUUAAAUAAUGGCCGGUCCCAAAAUCUCCCUCGUUACUGACGUAAUUUUUGUUUACGUCUAGGAUUGGGAACACGUUCGCGUGUUGGUAACUGAUUUGACAGAUUUAUCAAUGGCGGAAAACGACAUGAGGGAUGAAGAGAUGAUUUCUGAAGCUGAACAAUUUGGAGAAGCGAUCGAGGAUGAAUCCGAUUUACAUACGGAACUAUGACAAAAGUAGUUAGUAAAAUUUUCAAUUCGAACCAGCUCUGAGAUUCAGGAAACUUUACUCCCAAACAUAGCAUUCAUAUGCUCCAUACUGUCCUCUUUACAUUCCUGUGGUACUGACAGGGAGAAUUUGUUGGACAAUCAGGAGCUUCUAAAAUCGGCGAUCAUUUUCUUUGUUUUUUUUUAUUUUAAGAUUGAUACUGCAAGGAGAGUUAAGAGCCAGGAUCUUCUCUUAAGAGUUAAAGGAUUAAGAGUAAAUUAGGACAUAAUCAAGAAAAACUAGGUGAAUUAAUAACUUAAAAUAGCUGAUGAAUGAUUGAAUGGUAAAUGAAUGAAAAACUAAUUGCACUGAUAUCUCUAUUUAAGACAUGAUCACUGAAAUGUUUAACCCCUUAAACUUUCAUAUCUGUAUCUGAAAGAAAGAUCUUGAAAAUGCCGGAAGUAGCGCCGUUACAGUCCUUAAUAAGGUUUUGGGCCGUUUCAUUGUUGGUAGAAUUGGUGUAGAGGUGGUAAUGGUGACAUUUGUUGCAACAACCGGCAAUUCUUGUUUUGCUGUAAGGUCGUUAAAAAUGUUCUUGACAAUGUCAAGGUUAGUGUAAGUGAGAUCUUUAUCAACUUUUCCAUAAAAAGAGGUGUGAAUAAAAUGCCGCAAAGCUUCUUUUUGGUAGAGAUCAAAAUCAGAGCAAACAAAUCACUGCUCCUUACCUUACAGCAAGCCCAACAAAUGUAUGAAAAACGUUUCAGUUUCAAAGCAUCUUUACUAUUUUUAACAAACUGAAAUAUUCUCACAAAUAAUUAACCUAUAUUUUCACCCCAUGAACAUGACUCUGUUUGUAAUACUUUAAACUUGCAGAACUAAUCGAAAAAAACUGUAAUAUUUUACAUAUUCAAAGCAAAUUUUGAGAUUUUCACCAUAAAAGUAAAGAAAAUUUCGCAUCUAAUUGCACAAGUAAAAUUUAAAUCUGGAGUAUCAACUUCUAUUUUAUUUUAAAUAGUGAAAAUUAACACAAUGUAAAAGCUUGAACACUAGACCUAUGCCUUCCUGACAGCCCAAGUUCGGCCUUUCAGGUACUGAUAUUGUUGAUAGCCCAUCUGCUUCUCUGGGCUAUGACAUGGCUCUCGCAUGGAGCGUUAAGCUAUUGUAAUAACCCCGAUCCAGUUUCACUUUCAGGUUGGUUAAGCUGUUCCUCUCCCAUAGCAGGCUUUUGGUCAC